CUCAGCCCAAGCAACAGAGAAUUCAAGCUGAACUUUCCUGAUGAUCUCCAAAACACGACAUUAGUGGUGGUUAUAAAUGUGAAGAUUCCAAUCAGAGCAGUUCUUAUGUGUUGAAUGUUUGAAAUAAUGCGACCGUUGAACUUGAAGUUGCAUCCUUUCGCCCAACAAAUUCAAGAAUUUCUCUACGUUUCAAUCUCAAAAGCACUGUCUUUAACAUCAGAUAUUAAAGAACUUCGCAAAAUUCAUUCAAUUUUAGUUACUUCGGGACUCGAUCGAACAGUUUUCUUCUCUGGCAAACUCAUCAGCAAAUACGCCCAACUGAAAGACCAACAUUCAUGUUCAUCGGUUUUCGUCAGCGUUUCGCCUACGAACAAUGUCUAUCUUUGGAAUACGAUCAUAAGAGCGAUGACCCAUAAUGGGUUAUUCUUAGAAGCAUUGGAUCAUUAUUUAAAGAUGAGGGUUUUGAAUAUAAAACCCGAUACGUUUACUUUUCCUUCGGUGAUUAAUUCUUGUGCGUGUUCAGGGCAGUCUGAAAUAGCUAAGAUUGUUCAUCAACAUGUUUUGGUAUUGGGGUUUGGAUCAGAUUUAUAUAUCAGCAAUGCGUUAAUUGAUAUGUAUGCAAGACUAUAUUCGCUGGACAUAGCACGCCGGGUGUUUGAUGGAAUGUCAAAGAGGGAUGUUGUUUCUUGGAAUAGUCUGGUUUCAGGUUAUAGUGCCCAUGAGGAAUGGGAGGAAGCUUUAGAAGCGUUUUACCAAUCUAGAACAGCUGGUGUGACACCGGAUUCGUUUAUGGUGACGAGUAUUCUUCCUGCUUGUAGUGGGCUGGGUGUGAUUAUGGAUGGUCAAAUGGUUCAUGGUUUGUCGGUGAAACUUGGGAUUGAUAUCGAUACAAGAGUGUGCAAUAGUCUUCUUUCGGUGUACUUCAAAUCCAACAACUUAAAAGAGUCUGACAGGGUUUUUAACGAGAUGGCUGUUAGAGAUACCAUUACUUGGAACACUAUAAUCACUGGGUACUCUCAAGCAUGCCUGUAUCAGGAGUCGAUCAAGUUGUUUAUGGAGAUGCUGAAUGAACACAAACCGGACCUCUUAACAGUUACUUCUGUUCUCGGUGCCUGCAGUCACAUUGAGGACUUGAAAUCGGGAAAAUUUGUUCAUAAUUACAUGGCUGUAAAUGGGUAUGAAUGUCACACGACAGCAAGUAAUAUCCUUAUUGAUAUGUAUGUAAAAUGUGGUAAUUUGCCAGCAGCAAGGGAAAUUUUUAACAAAAUGAAAAGCAGGGAUUUGACGUCAUGGAACUCCUUAAUCAACGGUAUUAUUAAAGCAGCACAAUAUGAGGAAGCAUUGGCAACUUUUGGGGCAAUGAAAAUGGACACAAAACCUGAUUUUGUUACAUACGUGACAAUUCUUCCGGUGUGUGUACUGCUGAGGAGCAUAAAGUUAGCAAAGGAACUUCAUUGUGAAACAAUUAAAUCGGGAUUUAAUGCCAGUGUGAUUGUGAAAAACGCUCUCAUUGACGUUUAUGCUAAAUCUGGCAAGAUGGACGAUGCAUUGAACCAAUUUGAGGAUAUGAAAGAUCGUGAUACCGUAUCAUGGAAUACCAUUAUUGCUGCAUGCUCUCAUUCUGAGGAAUACGAUUUAGGGUUUAGAAUGAUUAGUCGAAUGAGAAUUGAGGGAAUACCACCAAAUGAGGUCACUAUUUUAAGUACAUUGCCUUUGUGUUCAAGUUCUGGAGCGAAACGACAAGGCAAAGAGAUUCAUGGCUGUGUUUUCAAGUCGGGUUUCAUGUCAAAUAUUCCAAUUGCCAAUGCACUGAUCGAAAUGUACUCAAAAUGUGGCAUUUUGAGAAAUUCGAUCCUGAUAUUUGAGCGUAUGAAAAGCAGAGACGUUGUGACGUGGACGGCAUUGAUCUAUGCAUAUGGGAUGUAUGGUGAAGGCAAGAAGGCCACAACAGCAUUUGAGAAUAUGAAAGCUGCAGGUGUCAUUCCUGAUCAGAUUGCAUUUCUAGCCGUUAUCUUUGCUUGUAGUCAUUCGGGCUUGGUUGAAAAAGGGCGUUUUUACUUCAACCAGAUGAAGAAAGAUUACAAGAUGAAUCCUAAGAUUGAACACUAUGCAUGUUUUGUUGACCUUCUUUCUCGAUCUGGGCAGUUGGCUGAAGCAGAGGAAUUUAUUCUUUCCAUGCCACUGAAGCCUGAUGCAAGCAUAUGGGGUACUUUACUUAGCGCUUGCAGAGCAAAUGGAGACAUCAAGAUUGCAGAACGUGCUUCAAAACAUAUCAUCGAAUUGAAUUCAAACAAUGCAGGGUAUCAUGUUUUGGUUUCAAAUGUGUAUGCAUCUUUAGGGAAGUGGGAUCAAGUUAGAAUGGUGAGAAAAUCCAUUAAAGCAAAAGGACUUAAGAAAGAUGCUGGUUAUAGUUGGGUGGAUAUGGGUAAAAAGAUCUAUGCUUUUCGCAGUGGAGACAAGUUCUUUGAACAAUAUGAAGAGGUUAACCAGUUGCUUGAGGUUCUUGCUGGUUUAAUAGCAAAAGAAGGGUAUGUCCCUAACUUGAGGUCUGUUCUUCAUGAUGUUGACGAAGACGAGAAAAGAGACAUUCUUUGUGGGCAUAGUGAAAGGCUUGCCAUUGCAUUUGGAUUAUUGAAGACAAAACCUGGAACGCCGUUGCAGGUAAUGAAGAAUUUACGGGUUUGUGAGGACUGUCAUACUGUGACCAAGUACAUAUCGAAAAUUGUACAAAGGGAAAUUUUAGUUAGAGACGCCAAUCGGUUUCAUUUCUUCAAGAAUGGGUCAUGUAGCUGUGGUGAUUACUGGUGA